AUGAGCAGAGAAGAUGGGGAGGGACAGGGGGAAAGGUCUUUACACUUCUUUAACUUCACUCUUGUGCAGGCAGAAGUGGGGAAGCCCCGGAGAAACUGCUACACCCUGCCAGGCUUUGAUUUUGCUUAUGGGCUGUACAUUGAAAGGACAGAUGGAGGAGUCCCUGGAGCAAUAGGCCACUGGAACACAGCAAAGCCCAGGAUCAAUAUAGAUCAUGAAAUGCCCCGAGACUUCAUCACCAUGAACAUUGCUGCUCUGAAGGAUGGUUGCAGAACAGCCCAUGAAUUCAAUUUGUACUACAAGGCCAAGGACACUCGGUGCAAACGUGAUGACAGCAGGAGACGUCCUCCUAAAUUACCUGCAGACAUGACCUAUGGCAAACCAACACGGACUUGCACCCCCUUAAUUGAUCUCCUCCAGCACAAAUACAAGGAGCUGUGGAUGGAGCAGCAGAGAGCCCUGACAGUGCACGAGGAAACAGACAAGAAAAAGAUACACAAACUGCGUGAUAAUCGCACCACGUUCCUGCGAAAACACCCAGCACCCCCCCAGGAGGAGUCCUUCUGGCACCUGCCCAGCCUGGAGAAGGUUGAGCCUCAUCUCAAUACUUUUCCAAGCCGGGAAGCUCGUGAAAAGGCAUUGAGUGCCUCCCAGUGA